AUGGCGGAAAGAAAAUGCGGAUGCAGUGGGAUUCGGAUGUGUCUCAUUUGUGAAGAAAAACGUGGUAAAAUAUACGAUGACCUUGCUAACCAUGCAUUUGAAUCAACUAAUUUGCAUUUUCUACACUUUUGUAUGAAUUCUAAAAAUAUACUAUGUGGUCCUUGGAAGUUUUGCUCUUGUAAAAACGGACGGCUUCACAAUGGAGAUAAUGAUAUGAAUUUUUAUGAGCACACAACGGCAGAUAUAGUAAAUAGUUUAUCUGUAUACAUCGAUGCAGAUCAUAAACAUGAUAAACUCCAACAAUUUCUUAAAAUUUUCAACGGAUUACUAGGAUCACAAGACAUAACGGUGAUAGAAAAUUACGUGACCGACGAGGAAGAAUCGUUUAUGAUAAAUGAGAUGUACAAAAUGCCGUGGAAACUAUCACAAUCAGGGCGACGAAAACAAGAUUUUGGGCCGCAAGUGAAUUUCAAACGCAGAAAGCUGAAAGUUGGAAGUUUCACAGGGUUUCCAUUCUUUUUAAAGGAUGUGGUGUUGAAAAUGAAAACUUUUAAAGAACUUGAUAAUUUUGAUCCUGUGGAAGUUUGCCAUUUAGAAUACAGUUCUGAAAGAGGGUCAGCAAUUGAUCCACAUAUUGAUGACACAUGGUUAUGGGGGGAACGUCUGGUUACUUUGAGCCUUUUGUCAAGUUCAAUCUUAACAUUACAAAAUGAUGAAUUUCCAGAAAUUGCCAUCCAGAUUCCGAUGCCUAGAUGCUCAUUGCUGGUUUUACAAGGCCAGGCAAGAAACAAUUGGAAACAUUCUGUGAGGAGAGAAGAUAUUUCAAACAAAAGAAUAGCAGUAACAUUUAGAGAAUUAUCAGAGAAUUUCAGCAAAGGAAGUCAGCAUAUAAUUGGGGAAGAGGUGCUAAAAGUUGCUAAUAAUUUCAAUGGGAAGCCACUAUUUGAGGACAAAGAGUAAAGGCACCUUUGAUUAGGAGGAGACAAAUAACCUACCUCUGUUAUUUUGUAUGUCUAGCUAAUUCAGAGUAGCACAAUAUACAGAAAUAAUUUUACACAUUUAGAAAUUAAUUAGUUUAAUAUGCUCUUUUCAAAAGCAGAAAGUAAAUUCAAGAAAUCACAUUUAUUUUGCAAAUUCGUUUUUGCUCUUGUACCAGACAUGUGUCUUGAUGAGGGCAAAGCCCUUAUCCAAUCCUUGCUGAAUUGACCUUCAGCACAUGUACAAAAAAUUUAAAGAUAUACCUACUUGAACAACACAGGAUUCUUUUUCAAGCUAACUUUCAUGUAGAUAAUAUGAAGAAGUUAUAAAUACAAAAUUGAUAUACAAUAGAAUUAAAUACUUUAUUUUAUGACUGCUUAAACAAAGCCAAGGGACAUCAAACAGAAUACAAAAUGUUUAUUUCAUGAAGUCAAUAGAACAGGACUGGUCUGGAAACAUUUUAUCACAACGUAUAUCACAAUUUCAAGUAUCACAGACAACAAGGUAAUGCAGAUUUUUUGAGGGAUGGUCUUCAUAACACAAGCUCAAUUUAUCUGUCUGAAUGAAAUUAUCUCUAUGGAAGCCUAACUAAUUUUUGGUUAAUAGAUGUUAUAGUUUCAAGUCUGAUAUGUUUAAAGGUUGCAGUCACAGGUGUACCUAUGGGCACAUUUGUCUCAUUUAGCAAGUU